GACAUCGAUCGAGAGAUAUCUAGAAUCAAUCAAACAAUCCUUGCAAUUCCCCAACCCUAAUUUCUCCUCCCAUCCGAUCCCUCCGCCCACCUCUCCAUGCCCGCACACGGCGGCCAAGAUGCCGACAACCGGCGCCUCUUCGCCGGCGUCCGCUUCGCGCUCCUUGGCUUCGACCCCGUCUCCGAGUCCCAGUAUCGCUCCGAGAUGGUGCAGCGCGGCGGCGUGGACGCCGGGGCCUACGGCGCAGGCUGCACCCACCUCAUCGUCUGCGACCUCCUAUACGAUAACCCAAUCUGCGUGGCGGCGCGCAAGGACGGCACCAAGGUCGUAUCCGAGCAAUGGGUGGACGAUAGCUUGGAUCUCGGAGAGAUGGCUGAUGCUGAUCGGGUACUAUAUAGACCAGUGAGAGAUUUCAGCGGCAUACCGGGUAGUCAAUCACUACGCAUUUGCUUGACAGGGUACCAAAAGAAUUGGCGUGACGAUAUUAUGAAAAUGGCUUCUUUGAUGGGAGCAGAGUUCUCCAAGAGUUUUGAUGCGCUCAAAGACACCCAUCUCAUUUGCUAUAAAUUUGAAGGUGAGAAGUACAAAGUUGCAAAACGGGAAAAUACCGCCAAACGGGCAAAUGUCAGUCUGGUUAAUCAUCAGUGGCUGGAAGAUUGCUUAAUGGCAUGGAAAAUUCUUCCAGCUGAUGAUUAUACGAAAAGCGGUUGGGAAAUAGAGAUAAUGGCAGCACAAGCCAAGGACUCCGAAGAUGAUGAAGAAGAAGCUGGUAGAAGCUCAUCUCAUAGUAAACGUGCAACUAGAAGCGCACGCACUAAAGAUAUUAGAAUGGCUACUCUUGUUGAUCCUCAUAGUCAAGCACCCACUAGAGAUCCUACUAUCUCCUCUUGCAGUGCAGAAAUUACUGCUGGAGGACACAUGAGCACUCCAGAGCGGAUUACGAAAGCAGGAGGUUCAACCAGUAGAUCACUCAACAUUAAAUCAGACAUACGGAAUACUCCAAUAUCUGCUGAUUCUGAUGCUUAUGAAUCUGCCCAUUUUCCUCUUAAUGGCAAGGAAGAGGCUCCUGCAGCUCAGGUCCACAGAGCUGAAGCCAAAGAUGAUGUUAAAAUGGCAGUUGAUGCUAGUCCUGGUGCACAUUGUAUUUCCAACAUAGCUGGGACCACAGUUUGUUCUGAUCAUCAUGUGCAUCAAUCAACUACUGCACCUGCUAUGUUGGUGGACAAAACAGAGACCAUUGGUGGAAAUUGUUUGGAUAGCAGUAAUCAGAACAAUGUGAACAUUGCACUUUGGUCAACCCCUUCCAAAGAAACUUUCUCAGAGAAAACAUUACGGCCAUCAGGUAUAAGUGGAAAUGUAGGCCAGAAGGAUGGUGGAUCUACACCUGAUCUUAAUACUGCAGUUGAUCAGUCAAAUACUGCACGGGAGCUAACUUUGUGUGAGGCUAAUUUGAGAUUAACAGGCAAUGCAGCAUCAAAGAAGAAUAGCCAAGUCUUAAGUUACAACAGAAGACGUUGCCGGAAGUCUGUGUCACCAGAAGCUAAUUUAAAACCAACAGGAUCACCACAAAGUUUUGAGGGAGUUACCCCAAGGGUUGACUUUACUAUCUCUCCAUCAAUGAAAAGUGAUCACAAAAUUAGUGACAUUACUGAUGCUGAAAGCCUGAGAGACGUUGAGAUAGUAAAGAAGGUGAAUAAAUCAAGUGGUGCACUCGCUCAGAAGAGGGCAAGUAAGCUUUCUUCAAUCAGUAUGAAGCCAUCCGUAAGCUCAGAAACUGGAACUGCAAAUAGUCCUUUCUCAAGCAGGGAAAGUGCAUCUGAAGCAGCAACGUUUUCUGAUCCCAGUAGAAACUCUGCUGAAUCUGUGAUUUUAACUGCAAAAGAAAAGUCUGGCCAAUCUAAAAGCAACCUGUUGAGCUAUAGGAGGGCCUUGAAACUUGCAAGGCCUGUUGAAGGAGAAAAGCUUUCUGAAAACUCUACUAAGAGUAAGAAAUCACUGAGAGAAAAUACACUUGCACUGCAUGAGGUUGACAAAGGAGGUUCUAGUUCUGAAAAUGGUCUAAGGUCUGAAAAAGGUUGUGCUGCAAACUCAUCUGCCGAUUCUGAAGUUGACAAAAGAAGUUCUAGUUCAUCUCUUCAAAACAGGGACACUGAGAUGAGUGAUGUGCCUCAGGUUGACAAAACUGAAGUUGUAGCUCCUAACACGGAUUUUGCAAUUGUGGUUUCUCAUCAAAACAUGGAAGUGGUUCCUAAAUCGAUCCAAGUUACUGCAACCAUCAGUGAAUGCGAAACAUUUCCCCAGGAAGAACCUACUUCUAAAGUGAAGAAUGCCAGUGUCAAGAGGUUUGGGAAUGCCUCAAAUAAAGCAGCCACUAGAUCUGUAAAGAACAAAGAUGAGAUUGUAUCUUUCAAGUCUGAUGGUGAUAAAGUUGAGGUGCAACCAGAAAAGAAUCAUGCUAGACCAAAUGGUGCUGAAUGUACAGUAUUCAUUCCUGAAGAAAUCCCAAAUAGUAAAGCAAAUAAUGCAGCUACCAACAACUCGCGGGAUGCUUUACAGAUGAACACAGCACUAGCACUUUCCAAGACUGAGUUAGCAGAGAAAAAUCCUGGCAGUGCAAGUGCUGAUGAAUAUCGAAAGAGUUCAUGUGAGAAGGUAUCUCAAACAGCUGAUGUCGAGAUGCCUGAUGCUCCAAUUGUUGAUAGCACUGGAGCCAUGUUUUCAAAGUCAGGUUUUAAGGAAGUGUUUCCUCCAGAAAAUGCAGGAUCUUGCCCUAAGAGACUCUCAACCAACACAAAUAUGGGUGGCCCUGAAACAUGCACCCCCAGUAUUGUACCAAACAACAGAGUACGAAAGGCAGCAGCCAAGAGGAAAGUAUCUGCUGUCCAGCAAAACAGCUUUGGUGAUGUGCCUUGCAAGAACAGCAGUGCUGUUGUGUCUGAAUUUAAAUUUGUGUAUAAGAGAGCUUCAGAGGGUCCUAGAAAUGGUAGCAAGAAAACAAUGGAUCAGAAUCUUCAGAGUUCCAAUGAGGAUGGGGCCAGAGAUGCCGGUGUAUCAUUUUCUGAAGAUGACAUGCGAGAUAGAUCGAAAAUAUUGCAAAAUUCGCAAGCAAGAAGCAGCAAAAGACAAAAGGCAGCAGAUUUAAUGGAUGGUUCUACUGAUCAUGACAAGGAGAACCUACCAGGGAAUCAUAAUAUUUCCAAAUCAAAAUAUGGAAACAGUUGUACGAGUCUGAACAGUUUUAUUCAAGCUGCAGGAAGUGGCAAAGACAGGCUUGCUGACCGCGGUGUGGUAGAAGAAAACGAUUGUGGAAUGUUAACUGUGCUGGAGCCCAGAUUAUUUAUUUUGAGUGGGCAUCGCCUUCUGAGAAAGGAGUAUAAGUUGAUACUUAGACGCCUGAAGGGAAGAGUUUGUAGGGAUUCGCAUCAAUGGUCUUUCCAAGCAACUCAUUUUAUCUCCCCUGAGCUCCGCAGAACUGAAAAAUUCUUUGCGGCAGCUGCCGCUGGCAGGUGGAUACUAAAGUCUGAUUAUUUGACUGCUUGUAAUGAGGCUGGGAAGUUCUUAGAGGAAGAACCAUUUGAGUGGCAUGGUAAUGGCCUUAACAAUGGUGAUACUAUAAGUUUGGAUGCUCCUCGGAAAUGGCGCCAACUAAGGCAGCAUACUGGCCAUGGCGCUUUCUACGGGAUGCAGAUAAUUAUAUACGGGGAGUGCAUUUCUCCAUCACUGGAUACACUGAAGCGCGCGGUGAGAGCUGGCGAUGGCACCAUCUUGGCAACCUCCCCACCUUACACCCGGUUCUUGAAGAAACCUGAUCACGUCGACUUCGCUGUUGUAUCUGCUGGGACGCCAAGCGCAGAUGCAUGGGUAGAGGAGUUUAAGAGGCAGGGCAUUCCAUGCAUCAGCGCAGAUUAUCUUGUGGAGUACAUCUGCAAGCCAGGUCAGUCCCUAAACAAGCAUGUCCUCUUCAACAUGCACGAUCUGGCAGACAAGUCCCAUGCGAAGCUACUCAAGGGCCAGCUUGACGACGUGCUUGGAGAGGCAAGAGGCGAUGCAGCUGAACCAACUUGUUCGGCUUGUGGAUCCAACGACCGGGAAGGAGGACUGAUGCUGAUCUGUGGCAGUGGCAGUGACGAGGAGAAUGGAACCCGGAUGCAUAUUCCCCUUGAAGCUGAAGCUGAAGCUACCCCAGGUGAUGGAGGAGAGUGGCUGUGCACCAGCUGCCACAAAAAUAAAUUCCCCCACAAGUCUGCCAAAUCAAGAGUGCUGAAACGUAGCUGAUCUCUCUGCCUCUUCUGUUCUACGGUAGCGAUGAUUGUCAUCUGUGCUGUGCCGGUGUAAAAAGUUUUUCUGCUUCAUGGUUUCUACGUGGUUUGCCAGCCAGUGAUCUCAAACUCUUCAUAUAUGAUAGCACAGUAUAGAGUUGGUUUUCAGUAAAUAAUUUUACACUUGCAACCGCCAAUAGUACAGUGCAGUACAGUUCACCACGUGAUUUUACAUACAUGUAUUAUACUACUACUACUACUACUCGGCACGGAAGCAAGCUAUAGCAACGAAGCAUUUGCAGCUCUUGAGAAAAGCAUUCAUGUAAAGUUGUUGGCCAUUUGAAUCAAUGGAGCAUAACUGGGACAGAAACUUUGUGGCAACUUA